UUCAGUGGUUGCUAUGACAACAAAUAGACCACAGUUCCAGUCAGACUGCUAAUGUUUCAGUGUUUUCAGACGGUUAGUUCCUAAUAUGUCUAAAAAUAAGACAACUGGACAUAAAGCUGCCCACAGCUCACAAAGGAAAAAAGAAGUGGAGGCAAGGAGCUGUAUACGGUACAGAUGUGGCCUGACCAAUACCAUACAGGACGUCCUUAACCACAGACCAGGCUGGGUGGAAGUGAAAGAUGAUGCCGAAUGGGACUUCAACUGGUGUGAUGUUGGAUGGCUGAGAGAGAACUUUGAUCACUCAUACAUGGAAGAACAUGUACGGAUAUGUCACUUCCGCAACCACUACGAGUUGACCCGUAAGAACCUGAUGGUGAAGAACUUGAAGCGGUAUAGAAAAACAUUAGAGCGGGAGGUUGGGCGUUUGGAAGCAGCCAAAUGUGACUUUUUUCCGCGUACGUUUGAGUUGCCUAGUGAGUAUCACAUCUUUGUGGAGGAGUUUAAGAAAAGCCCGGGGAACACCUGGAUCAUGAAGCCUGUGGCUCGAUCACAAGGGAAAGGAAUUUUUCUGUUUCGAAAACUCAAGGAUAUCAUAGAUUGGAGGAAGGAUGGGAGUCGCUCUGAAGAACAGAAAGAUGAGGCUCAAGUUGAGAGCUACGUCGCUCAACGUUACAUUGAGAAUCCCUACCUUAUAGCUGGGAGAAAAUUUGAUUUGAGAGUCUACGUUCUUGUAACAUCAUAUAUUCCACUGAAAGCCUGGCUUUAUCGUGAUGGUUUUGCCCGAUUUUCCAACACCAGGUUCUCUCUCAGCAGCAUAGAUGAUCAAUAUGUUCAUCUCACCAAUGUUGCAGUGCAAAAGACAGCUCCUGAUUAUGAUCCUGAGAAGGGCUGUAAGUGGCAGAUGCAACAGCUACGGUGGUAUCUGACUGCUAAGCAUGGUUUCGAAACAGUGCAGACUCUCUUUAAAGAAAUUGACAACGUAUUUAUUCGCAGCCUGCUUAGUGUGCAGAAGACCAUCAUCAAUGACAAACACUGCUUUGAGCUGUACGGAUAUGACAUUCUGCUGGACCAGGACUUAAAGCCGUGGCUAAUUGAAGUGAACGCUUCGCCCUCCCUCACAGCCAGCAGUCAGGAAGACUAUGACCUAAAAUACAGACUUCUGGAGGACACCUUGCACAUUGUUGACAUGGAGGGCCGCCUGACGGGCAAGGAGAAGAGGAUUGGCGGAUUUGACCUAAUGUGGAACGACGGUCCUGUCUACACGGAUGUUGGUCUAGAGGCUCUCGGCAGCUCUUGCCUCGUGGCAAACACACACCUUGGCUGUGUGAAUGAUCGAGAGAAGCAGCUUCAACAGCUUCUAAAGCCUUUCCCAGGACAGAAGAAAACAUGACAAUAUUCCUACGGCAUCAAAUCAGUGUGAAAAACUAUGCUUGACAUUCCCAUUAAUUCCAAAAAUUGUUGUAUUAUGAGGAGUCAGAGGAGCGUACAUAUUUAAAUACCCAAAAGAUAUCAUUCACAAACUCAAAAUUGCAUUGUUUUUGAUUUAUGAUGAUAAUUUUUGCAUAUUUAAUUACUAGCACAUAAAUAAAUACUGUAGACAAGGGCUCUGAUGAUGUAAUGAAAACUGUUUAUUAUUUAGCUCUCAUAAAAAUAGCUGCGUUCAAAACUCUCAGCAAAAUAAAGCACAAUCUGACGAUGAUAGGACAAAAUGUAUAUUUUUUUGCAUGUUUUUUGCCUGAUAAGUGAAUGUCACAUAUUACAUUAAAUCCUAUUGAAAUGGCUCUACCAACAGUAUAUCAAGUAUGGAAAAUAAUGUAGCCCAUACUGUAUGGCUGCAACCUGUACCAACUUUCAACUCAUAUUCAAGUGACAAUGCAUUAAAAAAAAAAACAAAACCACUACCAUUUUUGUUCCAACAAAAAUAAACAAAACAUGCUUAGUUUAAAUACAUGAAAACCUGAAAAUUCACCUGAAAAGUUCUCAAUAAGUAAACAAACAUAGCUUAUAACUCAGGUCCAUCAAAACAAAGCCCCAACCAUAAACCACCAUAAGCAAUCUUAACAACGUCACAGUUAAACAAUCACCGAAAACCUAAGAAAUGUCUUCCAAAACAUUCAAAGAUAAGCAACGCUUUACACAAAACAUUCAUAUUUAAAC